GGUUGCCUAAAAAAUCACGACACCGCCUCCCUUUAUUUAAUAUUUUAAAGGGGCAAAGGCAACUGCCAACGUGUACUCACCCUAAAACAUACGAGGUGUUGCUCCUAACUGACCGUGAAGAUGUUGCUGCGGCUGCUCGUGUCAUCCUUCCUCCUUGCGGGCUCGUCCUUCGCCGUUCCCACCAAGGAGAAGCGCGUCCAUCGCCAUGGCGACCUCAGUGACCAUCCCCACAAGGACGGCUUCGACUUCCAGUACGACCACGAGGCCUUCCUGGGCAAAGAGGACGCCAAGACGUUUGACCAGCUGACCCCGGAGGAGAGCAAAGAAAGGCUGGCGAAGAUCAUAGGUCGCAUCGACAUCAACAAGGACGGCUUCGUGAACCACAGUGAGCUGCACUACUGGAUCAAGCACCGCCAGAGGAGGUACAUCGAGGAGAAUGUGAACAAACACUGGAGGGAGUACGACGCCAACCAAGAUGACAAGAUCAGCUGGGAGGAGUACAAGAACACCACCUACGGCUACUACCAAGGCGAGGAGUUCGACGACGUGGAGGAGAAGGACACCUACAAGGCCAUGCUGACCCGGGACCAGCGGCGCUUCAAGGAGGCGGACCGCGACCACGACGGCAUCGCCACCCGCGAGGAGUUCACCGCCUUCCUGCACCCCGAGGAGUUCGACCACAUGAGGGGCCUGGUGGUGCAGGAAACGAUGGAUGACAUCGACAAGAACGGCGAUGGGAAGGUGGACAUCGAUGAAUACAUUGGGGACAUGUUCACACCGGAGAACGGGGAGAAGGAGCCGGACUGGGUCCUCACCGAGAGGCAACACUUCCACCAAAUCAGAGACGAGAACAAGAAUGGGUACCUGGAGGCCGCCGAGGUGGCUCAGUGGGUGCUCCCUACCGAGGUGGAUCAUGCUGACAAUGAGGCCAAACACUUAAUCCAUGAGACGGACACCAACAAGGACGGUCUUUUGUCCCUCUCUGAGAUUAUGGACCAAGCAGAGGUUAUAAGUCUCAGCACUAUCACCGACUAUGGAGGCAUGACGCUAGCGGAGCAUGAUGAACUCUGACCUCCAGCGUCAGGGGUUACUGCCUGCUAAUGUUGUAUUUUAAGAGGAAAUGGGUUGAAAAGCCAAAUGGCCACUUACGAAAUUAACACUUGAUAUUUUUUAAUUUAUUCUAUUUUUGUUAUGUAUUACAUUUUGAAUUGAUAACGGAAGCAAAUUGCAAUAGAUUUAACGUGGGCCUUUAUUUGUACAAUGUCAAAAAAAUAAAAAAGUACAAGUAAUGCGGGCCAGUUCAAUGGUUCUUUUGGUUGAU